CCGGCGACCCCUCGAGAAAUCUGUCACGGCUCGUGCUCGACGCUCUUCAACACACACUCUUUUCUCUCGCACGAGGAUGGUUGAAGAAGAAGAGCAGCGUCAACUGAGCCCGCUCGACGAACCCACAGUGGCCGCUCAUCAAGACUACUCAUGGCCCGCGAUUCGGUUCGAUGUCCCUCCUCAAAGAGCCUAUCAUUUCCACAAACAGUUCAGAACUGACCAGAAGCCGAACAACUUUCUGAAAGGCGUCAAAUGGUCACCUGAUGGGACUUGCUUUCUCAGUAGUUCAGAGGACAAUACACUUCGUGUGUUCACUUUACCAGACUAUGGGGUUGACGACAGCGCGAAGGCAAUUUCGUCUGAUGUUGAUCAAGAUUCCUUCACAGCAAAUCUUGUUGUGACAGAAGGGGAAUCGGUUUAUGAUUUCUGUUGGUACCCAUACAUGUCUGCUACAGACCCAGUUAGCUGUGUAUUCGCGUCAACUACUCGUGAUCUUCCAAUUCAUGUCUGGGAUGCUACUACUGGACAUCUACGUUGCACGUACAGGGCUUAUGAUGCUGUGGAUGAAAUUACAGCUGCAUUUUCAAUUGCAUUUAAUCCUGCGGGGAACAAGAUCUUUGCUGGAUAUAACAAAUCCAUAAGAGUGUUUGACGUACAUCGCCCUGGUAGAGAUUUUGAGAAGCACUCAACACUUCAAGGAAACAAAGAAGGUCAAACAGGUAUUAUAUCUGCCAUUGCUUUCUCUCCAGCUCAUACUGGAAUGCUGCAGACUACUGCAAUCUGCAGAGAAGAUAACAUGGAACUCUUGUACAUCCUACAUGGUCAACAAGGCGGGGUUACCCAUGUAAGUGUUAUUUUCGAAGAUGGAAACUACUUGUAUACUGGAGGACGAAAGGACCCUUUCAUGAUGUGCUGGGAUGUUCGCAAGGCUGUUGAUGUCGUCUACAAGUUGUACCGGUCAUCUGAAGAUACCAACCAGCGUAUAUACUUUGAUGUUGAACCUCUAGGUCGAUAUCUUGGUACAGGCGGUCAGGAUGGUCUAGUUCAUAUAUAUGAUCUUCAAACUGGCCAGUGCAUUUCAGGCUUUCAGGCUGCAUCAGGUCUGAUACUUUGUAAUUGA